AUGAACUCUGCUCAAUGUUAUUCAAUACUUGCCGAUGAAACAGCUGACAUUGCGAACAUCGAAGAAGUAGCAUUGUGUGCAAGAUACCUAGAUAAAAAAAAUAUGAUAAUAAAAGAGGAGUUUAUUCAAUUCAUACCUACAAUUGAUACGACAGGAAAAGGUUUGGCAACAUUAAUAUUAGAAAGCUUACACACUUUUGGAAUAGAAACAAAGUACAUGCGAGGACAAGGUUAUGACGGCGCAGCUGCGAUGUCAGGAGAAUUUAACGGCGUACAAGCCUUAAUUCGUAAAACUCAUCCUCUUGCUUUCUAUGUGCAUUGUUCCGCACAUGUCCUUAACUUAGCGGUUUCAAACUCUUGCAAAGUACAUGGAAUAAGAAAUUGUUUGGAGACCAUUUCUAAAGCUCGGGAUUUUUUCAUUUUUCCUAAAAGAAAAGAUAUUUUAAAAACUCAAAUUGAAAACAGUGAUGAAAAAAUCUCAAAAAAAUCAUUAAAACGUCUUUGCGCUACCCGAUGGAUUGAACGUUACCAUGCAGUGAAUGAUUUUGAGGAGUUAUUUGAACAAGUAAUAGAAUCAUUAAAUCUUAUAUCAGAGUGGAAAGAUGUUGAGACUUCUUCGCAAGCCAGUAAUCUGCGUAGUGCAAUAUUAGAAGGUGAGUUUAUUAUUUCUAUGCUUAUAGUGGCUAAAUGUUUUAGUGUUGGUCUUCUUUUAUCGAAACAUCUUCAACGGGUUAAUAUUGACCUUGGCGAAGCGAUCAAAUUAGCAGAGGAUACAGUAAAAGAACUAGAAGGUUUUCGAAAAAAUGCUGAUUCUACUUUCCAAAAUAUUUUUGAAAAUGCUGUUUGUCUUGGUAAUACAUUUGAUGUUAAUAUAAGUAUCCCUAGAACUACAAAAAGACAAACAAACCGUGUUAAUGUUAAAACAGAUUCAAUAGAAGUAUACUAUAGAAUCGCUAUAUUUAUACCUUAUAUUGAAACAUUUAUUGAGCAAUUAAAAGCUCGAUUUACCAGUGAUAAAUCUAUUUUAGCUAAUUUUAAUUCACUCGUAAGUCUUAAUAUGGAUGAAAAAAAAUUGUUGUCAUUAACUGAAACAUACAUGGAAGAUCUUUGUUCAACUUCCAAGACAGUGUUAUUAUCGGAGUAUAAUUUGUAUAGUUGA